UGCGGUAAUGACCGCAGCGUGUAGAGCAGGAAGCUGAUCAGCUGGAAUAGAGCACAGGAAAGUGACAGGAAAGUCUGAGUCGGACAUCAGAGGGGAGAGAUCACGUGUAACUGGGGACCAUGACGACAGAGGUGGGAUCUGAAACGGAGGUGAAAAAAGAGCCGGAGAAGGCGGAGGAGCAGCCUGCAGAACCUGAACCACCAGCCACCAACCAGACAGACGAGGUCAAGGCCGUUGAGGCCGCCGAGCAGUCCAACGAAAGCCCCGCUCUGGCCACAGACUCAGCAGAGGCAAAGGAGAACCAGGAGGCGGCCCAGCCUGCCGACAACGCCACAGGACCGGAGGGAGAGGAGCCCCCAGCCUCACCACCAGCUUCAGAGAAGAAAGGCAUCUCAAGGUUCCUCCCUCCAUGGCUUAAGAAGCAGAAGUCUCAGAGUGCAGUGGGACCAAAAGAGAGCCAGGUGACGCCCAAGGAAGAGGGAGGUGUGGUUCUGGUGAAGGAGGAGGGUGAGAAGGCGGAGCAGGCCGAAGCAGAGCAGACAUCAUCGACGACAGCAGCUGAGCCACAGGUUGACGAAGAGCAAGUGAACGGCGAGGCGGAGCCAGAACAGAAAGAGGAAGUGAAUUCAGAGGAACCAGCGGAGAAUCAUUCCACUGGCAGUGCAGAAACUCAGCCGGCUAAGGAGGAGAAAGCAUCAGAGAAAUCUCAGGAGAAGAGUGCAGCGGAGGAGGAGAAAAAAGAGACAGAGAAAGGAGGAGAGGAGAAGAAAGACCAGGAAGAGAACUUGAAGCCCGAGGGAGGACGUUAUUUUAUCAAGUCGCCGCUGAAACUGACCAAGAAGGUGAAGAUGGUAAUGUGUCAUGUGACCAUUCUGGAUGGAAGCCAGUUCCCCUGCGAGGUGGAGAAACGGGCCAAAGGCCAGUACCUGUUUUUCAAAGUGUGUGAAGCCCUGAACCUACUGGAGAAGGACUAUUUUGGGUUGAGUUACAAAGACAACGCAGACCAGACGUGCUGGCUGGACCCUACAAAGGAGAUCAAACGUCAGAUCUGCAAUACCUCCUGGCAGUUAGCGUUCAAUGUCAAGUUCUACCCUCCUGAUCCAGCCCAGCUGACCGAGGAUAUUACCAGAUAUCUCCUGUGCCUUCAGCUCCGGCAGGACAUAGCUUCGGGGCGUCUACCCUGCUCCUUCGUCACCCACUCUCUGCUGGGUUCCUACUCCCUGCAGGCCGAGCUGGGAGACCACGACCCCGAUGAGCAACGCCUCGACUACAUCAGCGACUUCCAGUUUGCCCCCUCACAGACUAAGGAGAUGGAGGAGAAGGUGGUGGAGCUCCACAAAACUCACAGGGGGAUGACUCCUGCUCAAGCAGAUACCCAGUUCUUAGAAAACGCCAAGAAGUUGUCGAUGUAUGGCGUCGAUCUCCACCAUGCCAAGGACUCUGAGGGAGUGGACAUCAUGUUGGGAGUGUGUGCCAAUGGCCUGCUGAUCUACAAAGACCGACUCCGCAUAAACCGCUUUGCCUGGCCAAAAAUCCUCAAGAUCUCCUACAAACGUAGCAACUUCUAUAUCAAAAUCAGGCCGGGAGAGACGGAGCAGUUUGAGAGCACCGUGGGCUUCAAGCUGCCCAACCACCGCUCUGCCAAGAGGGUCUGGAAGGUCUGCGUGGAGAAUCACACCUUCUUCAGGUUGAUGACUCCAGAAGCGCCCACUAAAGCGAAGUUCCUCACACUGGGCUCUAAGUUCCGCUACAGUGGGCGGACCCAGGCCCAAACACGACAGGCCAGCACCCUCAUCGACAGGCCGGCACCCUACUUCGAGCGCACCUCCAGCAAGCGCAUCUCACGAAGCCUGGAUGGAGCUCCAGUGAUCAACGUGAUCGAUGCCCAGGACUCGGCCCCCACCUCUGUGGGGAACGGCAGGGAGCCUUGCCUGGAACUCUCCUCUGACUCCUCCAAGAGCGGAAAGUUGAGAGUGCAGGGGGAAAAUAUAUAUGUCAGACAUAGCAAUUUAAUGUUGGAGGACCUGGAUAAGACUCAGGAGGAUGUUUUGAAACAUCAGGCUAGCACUAGCGAGUUAAAGCGCAGUUUUAUGGAGGCCACCCCUGAGACGCGUCCCAGUCAAUGGGAAAAGCGCCUCACUGCCAGCCCGGCUACCAGCUUGCGUCUGCAGGCCCAAGGGAGGAGCCCCCCACCCACAACCCAGGAGCCUCUCCCUGACCUCACAGUGGACACGGUCUCUAAGAGUUCAGAUGACAAACAGAAAUCAGACAAGACAACGUUGCAGGCAGCAGAGGUUGAGAUAGAAGAGACAGUAGUCGUCGAGGAGAUCAGGGUGGCACCCAAAGGCUCCGUUGUCAUCACCACCCCCGAGGUGGUGGUCACCCCUGUCGCCGUGGAGACAGAGGUCGAGAAGCCCAAAGAGGAAGUGAUGGAGGUGAAGGAGGAAGUUAAUGAGGAGCAGAAGAGGCCUGUGAGCGUGUCCUCGGACAGCCACAGUGAGAGCGAGGAGGAGGCAGGGGAGUACCACCCCCAGGUCACUGUCAGCGCCUCAGUGGACAAGAUCAAAGAAGAGCCUGAGGAAGAGGAGGAGGAAGCGGUAGACCAUGAAGAACCAGAGCAAGUCGCAGAUCCCGAACCACUCCCAGAGGUUGAGGUAGAGGCCAUGCCUUCCCCUGCAGUAGUGGAAGAAACCCCUAUGGCAGAGCCAGAGACGGCCCUUGUGGCAGAGGAGAGCACCGAGGACAUCCUGGUUACCCUCGACGAGGCCCCUAACGGGCAUGCUGAGGACCAGCCUGGCCUGGUGGCUAUGGAAGAAGAAGAGGAGGAGGAGCCCAGAGUCAACGGGGACGCGUCUCACGCUGAGACGGAGCGCAUUCCUCGGGUUAUUUGUUGCUCUGAGCCACCUGUGGUGAAGACCGAGAUGGUGACCAUCUCAGACACGUUUGCGGCCCAGAAGACUGAGAUUACCACUAAGGAGGUUCCCAUCGUGCACACAGAGACAAAGACCAUCACUUACGAGGCUGCACAGCUGGACGGCAGUGGAGACGGUGAACCAGGCAUUCUCAUGACCGCCCAAACCAUUACCUCUGAGUCGCUGUGCACCACCACCACCACACACAUCACCAAGACAUUAAAAGGCGGUCUCUCAGAAACCAGGAUCGAGAAGCGCAUUGUCAUCACCGGCGACUCCGACAUCGACCACGAUCAGGCCUUGGCCCAGGCUAUAAAGGAAGCCAAAGAGCAGCACCCUGACAUGUCAGUGACCCGGGUGGUGGUCCACAAAGAGACAGAGCUGGCCGAUGAGGGUGAGGACUGAGGCGCCAGAGCUGAAGAGCCUGUGAAGUUCAUACAUGGAUGUUUGAGAAACUCCUGUCAUCUCCCAAACCGAGAGUCAACCUGGUGAGAAGACAAGGCGAAGACAACCCAGAGGCUGAACUCCUGUGUGUUUCAUCGCACGACUUCCUUUUUAUCACUCAGAAGAGAACCACUUAGCUAACAUUUGUAGUGUGUUUUUAUUCUUAGGUGCUUUUUGCUAAAAGAAGAAAAAAUGGCUAUCAUUAUUAAAACCAGAUAGGAUAUAUCAAGUGGUAAUGUUUAUUGUUGAGUAGUAUUCACAUUCCUAGUAUGUACAGACAGUGGUGUUAUGAGAAAGUACAUUUCAAUAUCCAGCUUCCUGGAUCUGUAUGAGGACAGGAAGUAAGACUAGGUGGAUAUAUUAGCUUUGGACCUAGUCUUGUUCCAUGUUGUCUUAGAGCCAGAUGUUUAUCAGUUUUUUUUGGGGGGGGGGGGAGAACAGCAAAUUAAUUUAAUUGGGUGAGUUUCCAAGGGACCAGCAAAGGGUGACGCACUGUGUCAUUUUGUACAUUGCAAUAUAGUGCCAACACAUGUUCUUCUCUAUGCAGUCAAAACUGAAGCAUUCCAUUAAAGUGCAGGUGCUUUUCCAAUACCUCCCUCAGAAAAAAAAAAAAACUGUCAAAAAUAAAAAGCUUGGAACUUUUUGUUUUCUGUGACUUUCUGGCAUCAUUAAUCAUAAAUAUAUUUGUAGAACAGUUUUUUGUCUUUUAAACUUUUUUUGUAUUUAUCUGUAAACUGAUUUACUGUAGAUGUUGAUGAGGUGUGUUUGCCCCUUUUUAAAUAUUUGUAAUAUAUUUCAGAGGUUUUUUGACCGCUAAAAGAAACACAAUUGCCACCAUUUUAAUAUUUUCCUGUAGAUAAAAGAGAUUGCUGCCUCAUGCCUAGUGCUCUCUGCAGUCUGACCAACCCCACCAAACCCAAUGACGGCAUCAAUUAGCUCUUUGGACCAUGUGUAUAGCAGAUCAUCUCAGAUUUUCAGCAGCUUGAAAAUUGUUUUCCCCCCUCCACCACAGCCACCUACCCCUCUGUGUAACACUGAAAUAAACAUUUGUUAUUCUCUAA